CGCCCUGCCGCGCAACGCCCGCCGGGAGCCGGCCGCAGCCGCCAAGAUGUCGCAGCCCAAGAAAAGAAAGGUUGAGUCGGGGGGCGGCGGCGAAGGAGGGGAGGGAAGUGAGGAGGAAGAUGGCGGGGAGCUGGAGGCGACUCUGCAGCGACCCCGGAGGACUAAACGGGAGCGGGACCAGUUGUACUACGAGUGCUACUCAGACGUUUCGGUCCACGAGGAGAUGAUCGCGGACCGCGUCCGCACCGAUGCCUACCGCUUAGGCAUCCUGCGGAACUGGGCAGCUCUGCGGGGCAAGACCGUGCUGGACGUGGGCGCGGGCACCGGCAUUCUAAGCAUCUUUUGUGCCCAGGCCGGGGCCCGGCGCGUGUACGCGGUGGAAGCCAGCGCCAUCUGGCAACAGGCCCGGGAGGUGGUGCGGCUCAACGGGCUGGAAGACCGGGUGCACGUCCUGCCGGGGCCGGUGGAGACAGUGGAGUUGCCGGAGCAGGUGGACGCCAUCGUGAGCGAGUGGAUGGGCUACGGACUGCUGCACGAGUCCAUGCUGAGCUCGGUGCUCCACGCGCGGACCAAGUGGCUGAAAGAGGGCGGUCUUCUCCUGCCAGCUUCCGCCGAGCUCUUCGUAGCCCCCAUCAGCGACCAGAUGCUGGAGUGGCGCCUAGGCUUCUGGAGCCAGGUGAAGCAGCACUAUGGUGUGGACAUGAGCUGCCUGGAGAGCUUCGCUACGCGCUGCCUCAUGGGCCACUCAGAGAUCGUGGUGCAGGGCCUGUCCGGCGAGGAUGUGCUGGCCCGACCGCAGCGCUUUGCUCAGCUUGAUCUGGCCCGCGUGGGCUUGGAGCAGGAGCUGGUGGCUGGGGUGGGCGGGCGCUUUCGUUGCAGCUGCUACGGCUCGGCGCCCAUGCAUGGCUUUGCCGUCUGGUUCCAGGUAACCUUUCCUGGUGGAGAGUCGGAGAAACCCCUGGUGCUGUCCACUUCGCCUUUUCACCCGGCCACCCACUGGAAGCAGGCGCUCCUUUAUCUGAACGAGCCGGUGCAAGUGGAGCAAGACACAGACAUUUCAGGAGAGAUCACGCUGCUGCCCUCCCGGGACAACCCGCGUCGCCUGCGCGUGCUGCUGCGCUACAAAGUGGGGGACCAGGAGGAAAAAACCAAAGACUUUGCCAUGGAGGACUGAGCGUUACCUUUUCUCCCUGCUACCUCCCCAGAUGGCCUGACCUGCGUGGGAGAGGAUAGGGAGGUUGGAGGAGAAAGGGUGAAUCCCCGUGAUGCAAGUAUUGUUCAACAGUAUCAGGAACAAUGUGCUUGGGGACCAAUUUAUGACCCUGGACACCAGAUGAUCCAAAGGAAACCCAAGGCCUUCGGAGUGAGGACACUUCCAGAAGGAGGAAUGUGUAAGAUCAGCGUCUUAGCACUUUGGACUGCUACUAAUUGCUUGAGGAUAUUAGGGCCAUAGGAAGCAACUACUGGGUCCAAAAAGAGAGCUGCCUGCUUCCCUCAAACAGCUUACGUUUAUUUAGCACUGUGAAGUUUUCCAAAUAUUUUCAUUAAUUCAGUGGACCAAUGGAUAUUUUAUAGAAUAUACAAUGUAAAAGUCAUUGUGAUAAACAUUUAGGAUACAAACCAAUAAAACACAGUGUCUGCCUUCAAAUAUAUAUAUUCAUAAAAUAAACUAAUAAGUAAA